AUGAAUACUGAAGCUGCAGGCAAAGUUAAAAGAAAACGUAACAGAAUUCCACUAAGUUGUACGAUUUGUAGAAAACGUAAGGUGAAAUGUGAUAAAACUCAUCCUCAUUGUAAUCAAUGUAUCAAAACUGGUGUUCAUCACCUUUGUCACUAUAUGGAGCAAUCAUGGGCUGGUGAAGUCGGCAAAGAAAUGUCAAGAGAUUUGGAAUUGAAAAAAUUAAGAGAUAAAGUUAAAGCAUUGGAGGAAUUAUUAAGUAAAGUUAAACAAACUGAACCUCUAGGAAAGAAUGUUGAUAUUAAUCCAGAUAUGUGCACGCCUGAAUCGGUUUCACUUGCAACCUCCUUAACCAAUAAUAAUGGUAAUGUAUUGGCGGCUUUGGAUAGUACUCUAAACCUAUCUCCAGAUGUAUUAAAUAACUUCCAAAAAUAUGAUAAUGAUGAAUUGGAUCUAACUAUUCAAUUUGAUAUGUUACAUCUGAAAAAUAAAGGUACUGUCCAUUUGGGGGCUACCCACUGGCUAGCUGUAAUGAAAGGUGAUCCGUACUUGAAAUUACUAUGGUCUCAAUUAUUUAUUAUGAGAGAAAAGUUAUCAGAAUGGUAUUCUCAAAAGAAGAGGCUGUCGAAGAAAAAAAUGGACAAAAUGCAACAAUGCCCUGUAAUGCGUAGGAAAUUGAAAAACGAAAGCAACGGUUUAUUAAACCCCAUUCCUACAAAAUGUCCAGUAGGUCAUUCAAAAUUUAAAUCUAAUGCUAUUACAGAAAAUGACUCUUUCCCAAGACCAAUGUCAGGUAUGAACUUUCCCGAUAGUGCAUCGCAUACUUCAUUAUUAAACUUACCAUUAUCAAAAAGCCCAUUACCCAAUUUUUCACAACUGUCAAGAUCGACAACACCUAUCAACUCUGGAAAUAUCGACGGAGACAUUUCCAUGUCUAAGAUUAUCUCUAAUAUCUGCGACUUGUUACCACCGAAAUCUGUAAUAUCAGUAUACUUAGAUAAAUUUUUCAGGCAUAUCUAUCCUGUCAUCCCAAUUAUAGAUGAACAAAGUUUUAGAUUGAGCUUGAACAGGAUGUUGGGUUUAUUACAAACAGAUAGUGACAUGGUUAAAACUUUAAAAAUAUCAAAAAUUUCAGAUUACUGUACUUUGGGUAUUUUGGUGAUUAUAAUGAGAUUGACUUGGUUAUCAUUAUCCUCAAAUACAUGUGACAUAGACUUAACAUCAACAUUUAUUAUUUCAGGUGCGCAAUUACCAACUACAAUCAACGCAUCAAAAAUCAAAGAGGAAUCAGUAAUAAUGCAAUAUGAGCCAUCUGUUGAAACACUAAGACUAAUAAGAAAGUAUCUUAUCAAAUUUGAUGAAAUAUCUAGUUUCUCUAACAGUAAUGUGAGCUUAAUUACAGUUCAAUUUGCAAUUUUUUAUAAAUUAUACCUGAAGAGUUGCGCUGAUGCUUCUUCCACAAAUACAAACCAAGUCGAGCCAAUGGAUUCUAUUGGGGGUCAAGAUAAUGAAACUCAUCAAGUACUCAUGUCGAGUAUAACUCAGAUGGCAUUCAGUUGUGGUCUUCAUAGAGAUCCAGAUAAUUUCCCACAAUUAAACUCGAUUACAGAUUCUCAAUCAUUAACUACAAACGGUAGUACAAAUAAUUUGGAAGCAAUGGUUCAAGCUUCAGCUGAUAUGAAUGGAGGAACUUUCAACAAAACUACUUCACAAAAUAAUUCAAAUAAUUCAAAUAAUUCAAAGGAGGCACAAGCCAGUACAGAAAGAUACAAACAUACUUGGAGAAAAACAUGGUAUUACAUAGUGUCCAUGGAUGUUGAACAAUCUUUAUCACUAGGUACACCAAGAUUGUUACGAACUAUUAGAGAUAUUAGUGACACCAAAUUACCAUCUGCUUCAAAAAUCGAUUACGUUAAAGAUAUUAAAGAAUUGAUUGUAGUUAAAAAUUACAGCUUAUUUUUCCAAAUCGAUUUGGUAAUUAUUUCUGUUUUGAAUCAUAUUCUUAAUGUUUCUGUUGCAAAAAAUGUUAAAAAAUCAGACCUUGAUUCUCUAAUCAAUUCCCUGAAAGAUUUAACGCAUAAUAAUAAACCAAUAAAUGAUGUUAUUAAUGACUUAAUGAAUAAGGGUCUUUUAUCGGAAUCUGAAGGUGUUGUGGAUCAAAAUGCUGAUGAAAGUUAUGGUUUACCAAGUCUAGAGGAUCUUGCUUAUCCUGAGCGCAUGAAACCAGAUCUCGAUGGGAAUAUAUCAAAUCUGGAUAAAAAAAUUGAACUUCCACACGAAUCAACAACAAAGGCUCUUCUUUUUUCCAAACAUCUUACAGUAAGGGUUCUAUUAUUUUUAUUGAAUUAUAUUUUAUUUACUCAUUAUGAGCCAUUGGCCUCAGAAGAUCCUGAAACGAUUAAUGUAGCCAAAAACUAUGCACAGAGUGCAUUGGAUUAUGCAAUGGAUGGCUUUAAAAAUUGUGUGUUUUUCUUUACAAGUUUAAAAAAUUCUAAGUCUACUGAUUCUCUUUUCAACUAUAUGGAAGUUAUGUUAACAACACAUUGUCUAGAUGUAGGAAAUCGUGGAUUGCAAUAUAUCAUUUGUUUGAUACUACGUUCAAAAUGUGGACCGUUAUCUGGUAUGGGAGACACUACAGUUAUGGCAACCAAAUCUUCAUCUGCUUCUUCAACUACUAGUGGAAGUGGAGAGAAUUCAUGUAGUGAGAAUGAAGAGGAUUUUGAUCCAAAUUCGUUGAAGAAAAAAGGUGCUAUGAAUGAAAUUGUAGAUUUCGAUAAGCGCAUUGAUUUGGAGGCAGACGAUGACUUAUCAAAGCUAUUGUAUGCCAGAAUUGCAUUAUUUUAUGAACUCACAGAUCAGAUAUCGCAUAAAUACAAGUUUGCAUCAAAACUGAAUAAAUCUGUUAAAUUUUUUAUGUCUCUAUUGCAGCAUCCAUUGAACAAAAUGUCCACUGAUGGUAAGCCAUCCAGUUUAUUAAUGUCGGGCUGGAAACAUCCACGUAUAAAUAAUAUGCCCAAGAAUUUUAAGAACAGUACUCAGUUUAUAUUAAGUGCGGAUACGGAACAGUUGAAACGAUGCCCAGUUUAUCAAGACACUGUUGGAUAUAUGGGUUCUGUGCCAGAUAUUUCAGUUGGACGGAAUACUGGAUUUUAUUCCAAUAACGGUAUGCAACAGAGUCGCCAAUUAAAGAUUCAAUUACCUUCUCUAAGGGCAUAUAACCCUGUUACAUAUAAUAAGAGUAAUAUUCGUGAAGUAGAAACGGAUGAAUCGAUCGAACAAUUUAAAAAACGUCGUUUGGAAAAUGUUAAUGAAGAAGAGCAUAUAAUUGGGGACAUAUUGGAUCCUGUUCAACAAGGCCCUCCUUCUUUUUUGACAUCCAGGAAUAAUCUAGUUCAAAGGGAUUUGAAAACAUUUAACAGAGUUAAUUCAUCAGCAGACUUACUUCCACCUCUAGAAAAUGUAACACGCUCAUUAACACCAAUUAAUGAUCUUAGCGUAUUCUCUGAUGGCUCAAAUUUUUCCUCAAUGGUAAAAUCCGAAGAUAAUACUGUCAAUAAUGAUUUAGUUAAUUUGAUUUCUCCCGCAUCAGUUACAUCAUCUGAUAGUCAAAACAUUCCUGAUUUUGAGGACUUUUUAUUGCAAGACACUAACUUUAAUAAUGGAUUACAAAUUGAUCCAUCGAGUUUAUGCGAAGCCGUUGGUAUUAGGAACAUUGAUCAACUAGAUAUGAAUUUGGUUGGUAUGUACAGUUCAGACUUUUUACCAAUAGACAACAUCGGAUCUACUAAUUUACAAGGCAUAAAUGGUGGUGAUUAUUCAGUUUGGAAUUAA